CUGUACCUCAUGCAUAUCAAUUGGAUGUUUCUAACAAUCACCAAAACCCAAGUAAUGUCUACUAGAGACAUUGAAGAGAUGAUCAAAACACUUCCUCAACACACCCUUAGCUGGUUGAAAGGCAGGCUAACCUUGUACAACUAUCAAGGCAUAUGGUUCAAUACAAAGCUCCUUGUAGGAGUAAUUUUAGCACAACAAAGCUUCAAGACGCGACCAAGUGAUGUAUUUCUAUGCAGUCAUCCCAAAAGCGGCACAACAUGGCUAAAGGCCAUUGUUUUUGCCAUCAUUACCCGACAAAAGUUUGAUGAAUCCAACACUCCUUUGCUCACAACCAUGCCUCAUAACCUCAUUCCCUCCCUUGAGAAAAAUAUUGAACAAAUUCUAGAAAAUCGCCACAAUGACUCAUGCCUCACAGCCAUAACCACAAACAUUCCUUACAAUAUCCUGCCGGAAUCAAUCCGAGCUUCAAACUGCAAGAUAGUUUACAUAUAUCGGAAUAUAAAAGAUGUCAUAGUUUCUUAUUACCAUUUCUUGUGCGGAAUACAUAAAGUACCCAUAGAAGAUGCCCCAUUUGAGGAGGCAGUUGAUGAGUUUUGUCGGGGUAUCAAUGGUUCUGGACCAUAUUGGGAUCAUAUCUUAGGAUAUGCAAAAGCAAGCUUGGAGAGGCCCGAUAUAACUCUUUUGUUGAAAUAUGAAGAUAUGAUAAAGGAUCCUACAAGCAAUGUGAAGAGACUUGCGAAGUUCAUUGAGUAUCCCUUUACAGCGCAAGAAGAGAAAGAAGGUGUGAUAGAAAGCAUUAUAAAGAUGACUAGUUUUGAGAAGCUGAGCAACUUAGAAGUAAACAAAAGUGGUCUUCAACAAGGAGAACGAGUUGUUGUGCCUGAAAACCGACUCUACUUUAGGAAGGGUAAGGUUGGAGAUUCGGAGAACCACUUCACGGAUGAGAUGAAUGAAAAGAUUGACAAACUUAUUGAUGAGAAAUUAGGUCACACCGGCUUAGUUCUAAAAUGACAAGCUCAAGACUCUACACUAAAGUUCAUGGUUUUAAACUAUAUAAUGUUUUAAACUUAGAAGUAAACAAAAGUGCUCUUCACAUUUGGUCUCUCUUUGAAUGUUUACUUUCCAUCUAUAACUAUGUGAUGUUCUUUCUUUCAUAUUUAAACUAUGUUGUUGUAUAUCUAUUAAUAAUAUCAGUUUCUUUGCUUAA